UUCCUCAUGGGCUGUGUAAGCUGUGAGGGUCUCUUCCUGUGGUCUGGCUGGGGUGGACUAUUAAAGGGCCCAACCAUCAAAAUUUUUGCAUGAUGGGGUUGGAUGCAGACUAAAACUUGUGUUUUUACCUUGUCUGCAUAAAAUGGGAAAAUCUGGACAAAUCGGAGUAGCCCAAUGGGGUGUAAUCUCUCCGAUUUUGUGGGUCCUUUCAGGAAAUAUAGCUAUUGGUCCUUGAUCGUGAGGAUGAAGUACUGAGUGGAGAUGAAGAUAACUUGAGUAGUCCUUGUUUAGCAUUUUGGAAGUACUCUAGUGCAACUACUCCGAUUAGGAUUUAGAGUCCCUCCAUAUUUUAUGAGUUUCCUAUUGUGUGAUUUUGUUUUCAAAUAUUCUUCUACAUAACUAGAGUUGAGCUACUGGCUAGUGAAUGUGGAUGGACUUGUGGGUCAGGGAGCAUUGAAUUAGAGCAACUUACGUACUCAUUACCAAAUUUUUACUUUGUGACCAGAAAGGAAGUUAAAUUAUGCAGACUCCAAAAGCAAGCAAAAGUAGUCCUUCAGGAGCACCUCAAAAGAUCUCUCCUCGAACUGUACGCCAACUCAAGACAACUUCCUUAGAGUCUGACUCUGCAUCCUCUUCGAAUCAAGCAAGUAGAACACCAAAAGAUAAAAGCCCUAAGGUUAUUGAGCGCAGGUCACCCAGAAGCCCAGUGUCUGAGCUCCAGAAAAAACGCCCAAACAAAGUGACCGAAUUGGAAUCUCAGAUCUCUAAGCUUCAGGAGGAUCUGAAGAAGGCAAAGGAUCAGUUGAGUUCUUCUGAAUCAUGGAAAAGGAGUGCUCAACAAGAUGCCGAGGAAUCCAAGAAGCAGCUAUCAGCCAUGUCAUCAAAGCUUGAAGAGUCCCAGAGGCAGCUUCUUGAGCUGUCUGCUUCUGAGGAAGAUCGUGUCAUUGAGCUUCAAAAGAUCUCACAAGAAAGGGAUCGAGCAUGGGAGUCAGAGCUCAGGGCUGUCGAGAAGCAGCAUUCUGUUGACUCAGCUGCCUUGGCCUCUGCCAUGAGCGAGAUUCAGCGGCUGAAAUCCCAGCUUGAAAUGAAAGUUGAAUCUCAGGUUGCUCAGACCAAGCAUACAGAAUCAGCUGACUCUGAGCUUCAUAGCUUGAAAGAAAACCUUGCAGAAACCCUCUCUCUUGUGGAGAACAUGAAAAACCAGCUAAAGGAUUCGAAAGAAUCAGAGGCUCAGGCCCAAGCACUGGCUAGUGAAACGCUUCUGCAAUUGGAAACUGCAAAAAGUACCAUAGAGGCACUCAGAACAGAUGGUAUUAAAGCCGCAGAGACUUAUAACUCCAUCUCUUUGGAGUUAAAUGAGUCAAGAGCACGUGUAAACUUUCUAGAAGGACUAGUAAGCAAGCUUAAGACAGAUCUUACUGAAGCUCGCAGCAGUUCCCCAAAUUAUGCAGGUAAUGAUAAUCUUGAUGAGCAGCAAGCUUCAGAACAUGAGGAAAUAGAAGAGUCGAAUCAACUCAAAGCAGAGCUUGCUUCUCUGAAAAUUGAAGUGGGACAGUUAAAAUCUGCUCUGGAUGCUGCUGAGAUCAGAUACCACGAAGAACAUGUUCAGAGCACAGUCCAGAUUAGAAGUGCUUAUGAGCAUGUAGAGCAUGUGAAGUCUGCAUCAAGUUCGAGACAGGCUGAACUACAGGUGGAACUAGAGAAAACAAAGGCUGAUAUUGAAGAGUUGAAGGCAAACUUGAUGGAUAAGGAAACUGAAUUACAGGGUAUUUCAGAGGAGAAUGAGGGGCUGAUGAUGAAGCUUCAGAGUAACUUGUCAUGCCAGAGAGAAUAUGAACUGGAAAGGGAGCUUAAGAAAUCAAAGGAGGAUGUUGCAAAACUGAAGGAAAAUUUGAUGGAUAAGGAGACAGAAUUUCAGUAUGUAGUAGACGAGAAUGAGACGCUGAAAUUGGAAAUGAAGAAAAGAGAAAUGGACAAGGGCAAAUUUGGUGAUGGCAUUGCUUCCGAAAUAGAGGCAGCAAGAGCUGCAGAGCAAGAAGCUCUCUUGAAGCUGGGGUAUGUGAUGGAGGAGGCAGAUAAGAGUAGCAGGAGGGCAGCUCGGGUGGCUGAACAGCUAGAGGCAACACAGGUGGCAAAUUCUGAAAUGGAAGCAGAGCUGAGGAAGCUCAAGGUGCAAUCGGACCAGUGGAGGAAGGCCGCAGAGGCUGCUGCAGCUAUGCUUUCAGCAGGCAGCAAUGGAAAGUUGACUGAGAAAACAGGAUCUCUGGACAGUAACUAUAAUCACAUUACUGGGAAGAUCACUUCACCUUACUCAGAAGACUUGGACGAUGAAUCACCCAAGAAGAAAAACGGGAACGUGCUAAAGAAGAUUGGGGUGUUAUGGAAGAAGCCACAUAAAUAAGAUCACCAUUAAGAAGAUACCUUGGUGGGUGGAAACAUCUACUUCUCACCAUUGAAAGUAAACUUGGGGUGGUAAUGGAUACAAUUUGCAAAGCUCUAAUUAUGGUAUGUAAGUGGUCAGUGUGUCUGGUUGUAUAAUAGAACCUUCUGGCCAUCAGGCACCAUUGAGUAAAUACGUAGGGCCGUGGAGGCAACUACCAUUGUAAUAACAUUUAACUGUUUUUACUUGCUUUUCAACCACUGUUGAUUCUCAGAUACUGUUUCCUUGUGAACUAGUUUCUCAGGCCGGUUCAUGAAUGAAUUCUGCAUAAGCAAGUUAGUUU